AUGCUCCAAGGCAAAGUGCAUCUGCUGAAUCUCGUGAUAGUGCAGUACAUUUUCCUGUAUAUACCGCUGGUUGUCUUCGCCAGCAGCUUAGUCAGUAUGAACGGUACCAACUAUCUGCUCAUAGCACGGUGCCGCUCAAACUGCACGUACGACAAGCAGUGCUACAGCAAGUGCUUGCGUAACUAUAUGGAGAAUUCGGCCUACAAGAAGUACGGUGACUGUCCACCGAAACCACCCACCAAGCUGGACAGCCUGUGUCUCAACACCUGCGACGGUCUAGACUACAAAUGCCCAGGUGUGGAAAAAUGCUGCGAACAUUCGUGCGGCCACAGCUGCCAGAACCCGCACGGUUUGGACCGCAUUGUUGGUUUGCCACCAGUGCCGAUACACGUGCAGCUACUCGAAAAGGGCCGUAACUACCGCACGGCCCAGAUCCAGUGGGAGAUGAAGCUAGAGGGUGAACCGAGCCCUACGUACUACGUCGUCGAAUCGAGGUUCCACAUCGGAACCGCGUACGCCGAACACAAGAUGGAAAACGACUGGCAGCUGCACAUGCCGGGCAGCUUCAUCCAGGAUGACUUGGGCAUGUUGAAGCGUUACAUCGGUGAACUGAAGCUGAAACCGGGUCGUUGGUACCAGGUGCGGGUCGCCGCCGUCAACGACAUGGGAACCCGCGGUUAUUCCGCGCACUCGCGCCCAUUUCAGCUAAGUAAAAAGCCAAAUCCACCACAUCCCCCGAGGAGUCUGACCGUUGGUUCACUAGAGCUGAAUGAGAACCGAACGUACAAUUGCCGCGUCACGUGGAGCCUGGCACGGUCCGACCUCCCGGUGGAGAAGUACAAGCUCAGUUGGAGUCUCUACCUGAACUUCACGAGCAACCGCUCGAAGACGGACAACUCAUCGCUGUUCAAGGAGAUGGCGACGAUCACAGCCCCUGCACGGCACUAUGACAUCCAGGGCUUGCUGCCCAACCGGUACUACUACCUGCAGAUCCAGGCGAUCAGCGUGUACGGCAAGCGACGUCUCAAGUCGCCCGCUAAUCAACUGCUGGUGAACACAUCCUUCUCCUCGACGGCAGGUCCUGAAGCGAGCCGAUCCGUUAAUCUGGACAACCUGCUCAUGGGUGACGCUGGCUACCGACGUCCGAAAGCGCACCAGCCGCAUCUGAAGGAAGGUUCAGCCCAUCCGCUGUUAGCGUCAGCCGGAGGCUCGAUGACGUACCAGUUCGUGUUACGCAAAUCGGGCCUGGCGGUACGGCUGUACUGGUCCGAGCGAGGACACGGCCGCUAUCGGUUGCACAUCUGCCGCGGGUAUCGAGAAUGCUUGGUGAUGGGUCGGGGAUCUCCUGGAACGGGAGGGAACCACUGGCAGGAUGUCGUCCUGCGACGCAAUGUGUACGAGUUCGGCAAACUGAAGUUCAACACUCGGUAUAGUGCGGGCGUACGAAUAGGCGGACACCGACGGGGGCCUGGUUAUGACAUCGUCCGUUCCUUCGUCACGCCAAAGUGUGAACAGUUCCGUGGUCAAGAGUUGUUGCCAGCGGAGUGUAACGUUUAA